GUGCCGCUCUGUCAGUGAACCAGCGAGGGGCGGGAAGCCGCCGCCGCCCGUUGCUCCCUCAAGCUCGAGCCGCGGCCGCCAUUUGCCGCCGCCGCCCGCGGGCUCGGCCCCUGCCCAGCGGGCGGCGAUGUCGGAGGCGGGCGGAAGCGGCGAGCUGCCCUCCCGGCGGAGUUCCGGCUCGGGCUCCAGCCGCCUCUCGCUGCCCCCCGACUCCCACAACGGCUCCGCGUCGCAGCGCAGGCAGCGGCGGCUCUCCGGCGGGCUGGGCUGGCCGCCGGCCGUCGGGGAAGACGAGGAGGAGGAGGAAGAGGAGGGAGGAGAGGGGCUGCGGGAGUCGGAGGGCCGCGAGGACGAGCGCAGCAGGAGGAUGAUCCGCAACCAGUACCGGGAGCUGAUCUGCAGCGUGCAGCAAAAUCGUGAGGAUAUGCUGAGUUCAAAAAGCAACAGACUGACAGAAGCCUUGGAAGAAGCCAAUAAACUGUUCAGUGGAGUUUCUUGUGCACGAGAGGCUGCGCUGGAUGCCCAAUUUCUCGUCUUAGCAUCAAAUCUAGGAAAGGAGAAAGCUAAUGAGUUGCGCUCAGAGAUGACAACAUUUGAUUCGCUAACGUUUGCAGAAGACUUGCUAACAUUCAUGGGUAUAAAUCGUAUCGAAGUCGAUGGAAAUGAUAGCGAUACCGAGAACAUUUCAGCUGGCUAUUUACCUAGUAAUGCCUGGCAUAAGCUGGGAGAAGAAGCAGAAAAGUACUUCAGAAGAGCACCUUCUUUUCACUACAUGUUGGGAUCUUUCAAGUCUGAUCCUCCUGUACCAAGGCAACGGAUUGAGAGGCAGAAAAAGGCUGCAGGAGGAGAACUAAAACGGGCAAUGCCUGCUCAGCUAAAAAAAAUGGAGGAGUCUCAUCAGGAAGCUACAGAAAAAGAAGUAGAGAGGAUCUUGGGAUUAUUACAGACUCACUUUAAAAAUGAUCCUUGUACACCUAUUUUCUUCUUCGAUCUUGUGAUUGAUCCAAACUCUUUUGCACGCACUGUGGAAAACAUCUUCCAUGUGUCCUUCAUCAUAAGGGAUGGUCUUGCAAGAUUAAAGCUGGAUGAUGAUAAAUUGCCAGUAAUAGAGCCCAUAAAAGAAAAUGAAGGAAGAAAGGAUGAUGACCACAGUAAUCGAGCAAGGAACCAAGUUGUCAUUUCCCUGAGCCGUCAAGAAUGGAAGGACAUUGUAGAAACGUUUGAAAUAACAGAACCCAUGAUCAGCCCUCCUGCCUAUAGUAAUGAAGAUGAAAUGGAGAUAGCUUAAUUCUUCAAGUGCCUUAAAGAAAAAUAUUUUAAACUGUUACCUUCAAAUAAGAUUUUAUAUGUAUAUAUUGUAAUAUUAAAUUUAUUUUCAUUGGAACAUUCUGGUACUUUAUAUAAGCUGUAUUGUUUUCACAUGACACAGUUACCGUAACCUUUCAAUUUAUUAUGGCUCUAUUUAUGGCUUUCUGUAAACUUUACUGACACUUCCAAAAGCUUUCAUAAAAAUGAAAUGCUGCCCCCCUUCUUUCA